UAUCAAUCUCUUACUAUGUCCAAGCGAAGAUGCGUAGAGCUUAAAAUCUGUCAGACCAUACGGUGUUCAACACCUGUGUACAGAAGACAGAAGCUUCGGGCCAGCAGCAAAGGGGCCGGCAUGGACGAAGAGGAGCAGGAGAGGAAGAGGAAGCUGGAGGCCGGCAAAGCCAAGCUCGCCCAGUUCAGACAACGCAAGGGACAGAGCGACAGCCAGAACACAGCCAAAAAGAACAAGAAGAAGAAGACAUCCUCCGGCUCUAAACAACACGACAAGAGCGAUUUAGUGUCGGAAGCUGGCCUGUCACAGAGCAAUGACGCCCCCUCUCAGACCACCCCCAGCGGAGCCGCCACCACCGCUGAGUUCACCAUCAUGAGAACGCUGCCCCAAGGGGAGAUAAUCCAGCAUGAUAAGACUUACACCAUAGAGCCUGAGAGCGAAGUUUCCACCACCGCCGACGAUUAUAGUUCUGAGGUAGUCGAUGACCUCUUUCCGUUACCGGCCAACAACACCACACACAUACUAUGGGAGGAAGAAUUCGGGGUCCGGGAGACUUUCUCCGAGCGCGGUACCCAGAGUUCACAGACGCGGCUGGAGGUGAUGGAGGACGAACUGGCCGGGAAGCAACAGGAGAUCGAGGAACUAAACAGAGAGCUGGAGGAGAUGAGGGCGGCCUAUGGCAAUGAGGGGCUUCAGCAGCUUCAGGAAUUUGAAACGGCCAUAAAGCAGAGAGACGGGAUCAUCACCCAGCUCACCUCCAAUCUCCAGCAAGCCCGGAAGGAGAAAGACGACAUCAUGAGAGAAUUCCUGGAAUUAACAGAGCAAAGUCAGAAACUGAAGAUCCAGUUCCAGCAUCUUCAGGCCGGCGAGACCUUGAGAAACACCAGCCACUCGAGUACGGCGGCAGAUCUCCUUCACACCCGGCAGCAGAUACUCAGCUAUCAGCAGCAAGUGGAGGAACGGGACCAACACCUCGGCCGUUUCCAGAAGGAGAAUGAGCACUUGCGGGCACAAGUAACGUCUCUGCAGGAUCAGAUUCACAGCUUACAUCAGGAACAACAGAGAGAACUUGAAUCAUCCUAUGAACAAAGGCUAAAUGAAAAGGAUUUGGUGGUGGAUAGCCUGAAAUCUGCUUUACACAAUGAAGAAAUCAAGUGUACAGAACUGGAAGAGAGAAUAUAUGCGGCUGAGAAAUCUGUCGAUGAACUGAGAGAAGAGUUAACCCAGAAGAGCCAGGAAAUAAAUAGCCUCUCUGAGGAGCUAAACACUUCCAAACAAAGAGAGAGGAGAUCCUCAGACGAAAUCAAGCAGUUAAUGGGCACUGUGGAAGACCUUCAGAAAAAGCAUCAUAAAGACAGUCAGUCGGAGGCAGACCUCGCUCAGCGAAUGGAAUCGGAGACACAAAGAAAACUGGAGCAGCUUCAGGCUGAGCUAGACGAGAUGUACGGCCAGCAGAUUGUUCAGAUGAAGCAGGAGCUAGUCAGACAGCAUACAUUAGAGAUACAGAGGCUCCUGGACCAGCACAAGCUAGAGCUGGACAACGUCUCUAGGCAGACAUCCAUCAACGUGACCAGUGAACGCAUCAAUGAACUCAAUGCUGUUAUAAGUGAAUUAAAUGCCAAGCUGCAAGAGUCCGAUGAGCAUAGGAAAAAAAUGAAAGAAGAUUUAUCCAAAAAACUUCACAUUGCUUCAUCUGAAAAAUCCCACCUGCAAAAGCAAAUCGAGGACCUACUACAGGACCUAAGUUUUGCCAGGGAGCAGAUCCAGAAAGUCAAGCAGAGCCUUACCGAAAAGGAAAACCAACUCAACGAAGCCAACAGUUUCCUGACCACCAUUGACGACCUUAAGGCAGAAGUGGUUGCCGCCAAGGAAUUUACCAAAGAAUUAGAAUCUAAACAUGAAGCCGAAGUGACCAAUUACAAAAUUAAGUUAGAAAUGUUAGAACGGGAGAAGGAUGCUGUGCUUGAUAGGAUGGCGGAGUCUCAAGAGGCAGAGCUGGAGAAACUUAGGACGUAUUUCUUAUUCAGUCAAGAAGAGGAUCUCGCUAAGAUGAGAGAAGAGUUGAAUCGAGAGCAUAGAACGAAUAUCGAGAACCUGAAAGAUAACUUAGAAAUGCAAUACAAGAGCCAGAUAGAGCAGAUACAACAUGAACUGAAUCAGACCAUCACUGCCAUGCAGUCAGAAAAAGAUAGCUUGAUAACCAAACAGAAUAAUCUGGUGCUUGAAGUUUCCAAGCUGAAGGACUUGCCGCAAUGUGUCUACGAUCCCAGGUCAGAAGAAAUGAUGGUUCAGAUUAAUGAACUGCAGAAAGAGUUGGAGUGUUUGAGAAGAGAGGAAAAGGAGAAGGGAAGUAUGGAGCAAGAGGUUCAAGUUUUACAGCUCCGAAUCAAAGUGCUCGAGAAAGAGGUGGAAGAUAAAGAUGCUCUCAAGAAGAAACUGAUUGUUCUAGAGGCUGACAAUAGGCUUCUUAGGGAUGAAAAUGAUGCCUUACAAAAUACGACAAAAGACUGUAACACUGAAAACUGUGAUAAAUUUACUGAACUAGCUAAUUUAGACCUCAAAAACCAGAUUGAAGUACUCUCUUCAGAAAACGAAAGUCUGAGGAACUUGGAGCUUCGGCUGAGAGAGGAGAUCGAACAACAGAAGAAUACCUUCUCCUUCGCUGAAAAGAACUUUGAGGUCAACUAUCAUGAACUUAAGGAUGAGUAUACCUUCCUGGUGAAGGAGAAGGAGCAAUUAGAAGACAGUAAAUCUAAGAUGGAAGAAGACUUUAGGAUAAGGUUACAAGCUUUAGGUGACGAACUUGCAAAGUUUAAAGGUAAUACAAUGGGAGAGCCUCGGUUGGGGGCUGCCAAAUCUAUCAAAGUCGAUAGGCUUGAUGUUGGAGACGUGGUUGAGAAAGAUACAACAGAAUUAAUGGAGAAACUAGAGAUUGCUCAGCGGGAUAAGGAAGAAUUAUCUCUGAAACUUUCCGGUCUCUCAGAAGAGUUACAACUAAAGCAAAAUGAAAUCAACCAGUUAAAAGAAAAAGUUGAGGCACUAGUUUUAGGAAGAGAUCAUGACACGACAGAGGAUGAAUCAUGUUUGAAAGACAAUGUCCCAAUAGAGGUCAAUAGCCAUAUUCUAACGUCCAGUGAUGGAGUUGACACUCGUAAACUAGAAGAAAGUAUCCAUCCAAUUGAAAGUCCUCCCUUACAUGUAUCUCCUCAAGUUAGUCAUUUUCAAAAAGAACUUCAAGAUGCGUUAAUGGAAAAAGAAUCCCUUUUACAAAGGGUACAUGAGUUGUCUGGUAAGCUGGAGGCUGAAACUUCUCUGGUGGAAAUCGCACAACUGGAGAAAGAUGAGCUGCAGCGGAAAGUGGAGGCAGCCGUCCAGGAGCAGACUGAUCUGAUGCUACAGCUGGAAGCACAACGCAUCAGUCUCACUCAGAUCCACAAAGCCCAUGUAGAGUUGAUGGGCGAGAACUUCCGAGCUGAGAGAGAGCAGGAGCUGUGCAGCCUGAGAGAUUCCCUGCUCGCGUCUCAAGAACAAAAGAUUCGGGAGCUGCAGGAGCUGCAUCAGCAAGAAAGACUGAGCCGUCCGCCACCGCAGCAGACAGUUUCUGAUCCUGAAACAUGUCAGGACCUUACAGGAAUGCUGAUGAAGAGGAUCCAAGAGGAAUGUGAUCGUAUUAAUCAGGCUCUUAGUGAGAGGAUGACUGAUGAGAAGGACACAACUCCGGAUGCAGAAACCAUGAGCAAUCUCACUGAUUCCAAAUUGUUGGAACAACACAGAGCGGCCGUGCAAACUCUACAUUCAAACCUGGACGCUCUUCUGGGGAGAUUUUUGGAAGAAUAUAAGCAGAUGAGAGAACUUUCCAGUUGUAUGGAAAAGACAGGAGAUCGUCAGGCGACCAAAGAGGAGAUAGAAAUCCCUGCAGUGACUCACAUCGUGAUUCGUUCCCAAAAUUCAGCAGCGAGCCCAUCAGGAGCCCAGGAAGUUCUGGUGCCCUCAGUAUCUCCAUCACAAGAAAUCGAGAGAUUAAAAAUUGAGUUCAGUCAGCAAAGAGCACAUCUGGAAGACAAGCACGCACAAGAAAUCCAGCACCUACGAUCUUAUUUCCAGCAACAGCUGAAGGAGAAUGAAGACAGAUUCUCUACAGAGAUAAUCCAUCUCCUAGAGAAGCUCCAGGAUGUCACAGCGGGAUCUCUGGAGUCCAGGGAGAUUAGUCGUGGUGAGUCUACGUCAGAGCUGGGAUUCGAGGAAGCUGCCAUAUUCCAGAGUAUUGUUGCUCCAUCUACCGACGCGUUAAAGAUGGAUGGCGCGACACAAAUGGAGGAUCAUUCUCUACGUCAGCCCUUCGGUCCCAUCUAUCAGCAGUUGCAGUCUCUGCGCCAGGCGCUCUACUCUAAGUAUGUGGAAGAAGUAAACGCUUUAAAGAAGCGGCAUGAAGAGGAACUGGAUCAGCUCAGAGCGGAACUGACAGCAGAACACAACAAAGAGAACGCAGCUUUGAAUCAGCAGAUCAUCCACCUGACAAAGGCCAAGCAAGAAAUCCUCAAUGGCAGCUUCCAGGAGCCGGCUUUGUAUCCUAUAUUGGAGGAAAAGGAUCCCGAGGACUUGAAUCAGCUGGUGGAGGAACGUUUCCGUGAGAGGAUUGAGGAGGAGGUGGCGCGGGUUAUUGUUGAGAUGUCCAUUGCAUUUGCCCAGCAAACGGAGCUGGCACGACUUGCGGUACUGAAGGAUGAAGAGAUAUCAGAGCUAAGAGAAUCUCCUGGGGAACAGAGUGAGAUGCCUGCGGAGGAGGCCGACCUGGAUGGAGAGAAGCUCCAAGGUGUGACGUCAGUGGAGGCAUCUCUGGUCACAGAGGUCAGGGACAUAGCUAAAUCCACAGUGUCACAUACAACACAACAAACUAAAGAAAUCACCCCAGAACAUCAUGAUGGGAGCCAACCAGCCGAUCCGAAUACCAAAGAAAAGACUGUGGUUCUGAAGGAAGAGGACUACAACCAGAUGGUGGCCAUGGGAGCCGAAAGUGCCAAGUACAAGCAAAUGUUUGAGGAAAAGGUGGAGGACAUGAGGCAGGAGCUGGUAAGGCAGGAGCAGGAAUACCAGCAGGCGGCAGAGGCCCUGAGACUGGCACAUACGGCACAGCUGGAGAGGCAGAUGUACGACCAGGAACAGCUCCUCCUAGAGGUGCACAGGCUGCGGGCACAGCUGGCAGAGAACGCGUCGGCGGUGACCGAAAUCCAGGCCACGGACAGAGAGAAGAUGCUACUGGAGGAGCUGGAGUCCAUGAAGCUGACGUGCGCCGAAGUGACGGCCAUGGCCCGGGCUCGUCCCCUGCAGGAUAGCAGCUCUCAGACGCAGCAGGAUGAAGAUCUCCCGCAGACUGAGAGCAAUGAGGAACCCCGGGAGUCCGAGGCAGGAGAUGAGGAGAGCCCUGCAGAUGAUGCCGGUGGUGACAGGAAAAACCUUAAGAGAACCAAUAAGCACCUGCUGAAGAUUCUUCUGGAGGUUGUGAAGACAACAGGCGCGGUAGAGGAGACUAUAGGGCGGCAUGUCAUGGGCCUGCUGGACAAAUCUGGGCGCCGUCAGUCUACUUCCAAAGUGCACGCCUGGAGCGCUGAAACUGAACACCUGGAAGCUGUGUCUCCUGCCGCUAUCACUGUGACUGCCGGUCCUGAUGAGAUUGGUGCUGGAGAAGAAGGUGCCAGUAUUUGGUCUGCAGCAGUGGUGGAGGAGCUGGAUGUUCCCCUGCAGCUUACAGAAGAAGGAUUAUCCGGGACAGAUCUAAGUCCUGAGGAUGAAGCUCCAAUACUUAACGUCAGCAUUCGACUCCAGGCUGCAGUGGAGAAACUCCUGGAGGCCAUUAAUGAUACAAGUAACCAGCUGGCCCAUGCCAAGGUGGCACAGACAGAACUGGUGCGGGAGUCCCUCAAAAGGAAACAGGAGACUACUGAGCUGCUCAGAUGCCAGGAAGAGCUUCAUGAAAGACUCAACGAGGAGGCCAAAGUCAGAGAGCACUUGGCGCUGGAACUUAGCAAAGCAGAAGGCCUCCUCGAUGGGUACACGGACGAAAGAGUCUUUCUUGAAAAGCAAAUGCAGGAAAAGAUUGAGCUCAUCCGGCAUCUUGAACUGGAGCUGCAGAGUACAGGUAACAGGUUGCAGGAGCUGGAGCAGGAGCGGCAGCAGAUACAAGAGGAGAAGGAGCUGCUGUCCCGGCAGAAGCUCGCCCUGAAAGCCGAGGCCGCGCCAGCCGAGCAACGCUUAGUAGAAGCUGCAGUCGUUGCAGCUCCCAAAGAAGAGCUGCUGGAAGAGACGGAGAAGCUUCUGAAGGAGAAAAUCGAGGUUCAACGUCAGGCCGAGAAGGACUCCGGGGAUCUCCACAAACAGGUGAAGGUCCUGGAGGUGGAACUGGAAGAGCAGGUGAACCGAUACAUGGAGAUGGAGCAAGAAAAGAACGCCGACCUGGAGGACCUCCGCCAGAAAAACUUUUCCCUGGAGAAACAACUGGAGAAAACGCGUCGGUUCUUAGAUGAACAGGCGGUCGAUCGGGAACAUGAGAGAGAUGUAUUUCAACAAGAAAUCCAGAAGCUAGAACAGCAGCUGAAGAUGCCACAAAGACAUCAACCUGUCGCUGACCAUCAGAACAAUGAGGUGGAAAAACUGGAAAGCAACCUUAAGGAAAAGACUGACAAGUGCAGUGAACUUCUACUGUGCAAAGAGCAGCUGCAGCGAGACGUGCAAGAGAGGAACGAGGAGCUCGAGAAGCUGGAGGGCAGGAUACGGGAGCUGGAGCAGGCGCUGAUCAUCAGCACUGACGGCUUACAGAAGGCGGAAGACAGAAGACCUUCCAUUGUCGUGGGAUUAAAGGGAGAAAUGCCUCUGGAAGCUCAACUGCAGGUGGAGAGAGAAGCGAUAGACAGAAAAGAGAAGGAGAUCACAAACCUGGUGGAGCAGCUCGAGCAGUUCAGGGAAGAGCUGGAAAAUAAGAACGAAGAGGUUCAGCAGCUCCACAUGCAGCUGGAGAUCCAGAGCAAGGAGUCCGACACCCGACUGCAGGAAUUGGAGCAAGAAAAUAAAGUACUAAAGGAUGAAGCUAUAAGCACACAGCACGAACAUCCUCGAGCCUUCUCUUCUUCUAAAGUGCCUCAACCCAAAACCGGAAAAAACGAGGAAUUGUUGCUGCUGAAAGACCAGGAAAUUGAUCUACUGAAUGAGCAGAUAGGAAGGUUACAGGCACAACUUGAGUCCGCAACAGAUAACAAGGUGAUUGAAGAGAAAAAUGAGCAAAUUAAGGAAUACAAAAGCCAGAUUAAAUGCUUGAAGAGUGACCAGGAGCAGCUGAAGAAGAACAGCGAGGAAGAAAUAGAAAAGCUCAAUGAAGUAAUAGAAAAAUUACAAGAGGAGUUAUCUCAUAUAGAACAGAAAGUUGCUGUGGACUUCGCUGAUAAACACCAAUAUGAGGACAUGGCUGACAGGAAAGACAUUUUACAACCAUUGGUUGGACAUGGAGAGGCUCCAUUUACGAACAUGGAAGAAGAGAAUUUGGAUGCUAGUAAACCUCUUGUGAACAACAUGGCAGUAGAGUGUAAGAACACUUAUAAUACUGACAUUAGGAAUGACAUCUCCUCCAAGCUAAUGUCUGAGCAGGAGGAUGUGCAGGUCACCCUGCAGAACAUGGAGUCCAAACUGAAAGAACUGAUGGACGUUAUCAAAAAGAAAGAUGAGCAAAUUGUCAUGCUGGAAAAGCAAAACCUAGUAGUGAAAGAUGUGAAUGAGAUGGACAGCAAUACGGCACUAGAGCAUGGAAACAUUUCUAACACUGACAGGGGGAAUGAGAACUCCACAGUGCCCUCAAAUCCAUUGUCUGAGCCAGAGGACAUGCAGGUUACCCUGAAGGACAUGGAAGCCAAAUUGAAAGAACUAAAGGACAUUAUUGAGGAGAAGAAUGAGCAAAUUGUAAUUCUGCAAAAGCAAACCCUAAUAAUGAAAGACUUGGAAGAGACAGUGCAAAGACUUCAGACUGAACUUGAAGAAAGAGAUCAAAAAUCUACAGAAAUGCAAAGUUCUGGACAUCCGCUCGGUCCCAUUGGCCCAGAAAAGCCUGUCCUACCUCCAAAUACCGAAGAAAGUAACAUUGAUGAAACGCUAUCGAAUAAGGAGAUGGUUACGAAAAAGUUUGAAAUCCAACAAUUAGAAGAAGUGUCAGGAAAAAGUAUAUCUUCAGAAAACCUUGUGAAGAAGGAUGGAAAUGACACGGUCAACAUCGAGAGGUUGAGUGAAGAAUUAAGAGAGAAAACCGCUCAGUACUUGGCAGCUGAAGCCUUGCUCAUCUCUGUGCAAGAAGCUUCCAAGGAGGCCAUACAUCAACUUGAGAUUCAGCUGCAAGACCUGCGGACCGCCAUACACGAGAAGGAUUCACAAAUCCUACAGCUCACAAAUGCUUCACCCCUGCCAGAAAAUCAGGAAAUUGAGCGGCUCAAUGAUGUGAUCAGAGACUUACAAGACAAGUUGACAGAUGCAGAGGAAAAGAUCAAGGAAGCUAGGGAAGGUCAAAGGGAAACUUUAUUAGAAAACACAGAAAUUCUUUUGGAGAAAUUAGACCAAGAUGACAGCGAGCUGGCUAGUAUGAAAGUAGAACUCCAGAAGACCAAGAUGGAGAUGGGCCUAUUGGAAAAAGAGCUGGAAAAGUACAAAUUGUUGCAUGAAACUAUAAAACCAAAGAAGGACGAGUACAAAACUAUUGAAACUAGCAUAGUAGAAGCUCCAGUGACCUAUGUAGAGCAAGCAUUGCCCACAAAGGCAUCAGAGCCCCCAGGAGCAACGCAAGAUAUGUUUACAUCGACAGAGGAGACCACCAUUACCAUAAUGAAAAAUAUGGAGUCACAGAUUCAAGAACUUCAAAGUGUUAUACAUCUUAAAGAUGAAGAAUUAUUGAAGUAUGCGAAUCAGAAAGACUUGCUCGACCAGCAAAUGAAAGAGAUCGAGCAGCUGAAUAAUAGACUGCAGGAUACGAAGAAAGUAAAGCGGGACAUUUCUGAUGCCACAAGAAAGGAUGGAGAAAGUCAGGAGAGUGAUGGCGAAACCAUUACAGAAAACAAGGAGGUUCAGAAAAACUCUGCCUUAGAAAAAGAACUGGAGGAGACUAAAAUGGCAAUGGCUUUGUUAAAAGAAAAGCUGGAGAAGGUGAAAGACAUCAAUACCAAAGAUGGCGUAAGUCAAACGUACCACCAAGAAUCCUUAACAGAAAAUGAGGAAAAUGUUCUGCAGAAGGUUGGAGAAGAUGAUGGUAAGGUCUUACCAAUAAUUGCAAAGCUUGAGAAAACAAGAAUGGAGAUGGAUUUGUUGGAAGAAAAGAUGGCCAAUGUAAAGUUGUUUCAAGGAUCUGAAGAUGUAAAGGAAAGUGAUGAAGGUAACAAAGAUGGACGCCAAGGGGGAACUCUCAAACCAUCAAAGAGUGGAAAGGCAGCAAUAAGCCAGGAAAAACAGGUUGUGUUAACUUUUACAAAUACUCCAAAGGAUAUGGAGUUACACAUACAGCAGCUUCAAAACAUCAUAAGUCUCAAGGAUGCAGAAUUGAUGGAGUGGACGAAUCAGAAAGAUCUGCUCAAACGGCAAGCCCAAGAGAUAGAGCAGCUCAAGGCAGAGCUCCGAGAGGACAGAAAAGACUCAAUGGAUUCUGGUGCCACAACAAAGGAUGGGGAAAGUCAAACAAGCCAUAAAACAAUUACUACAGAAAACAGAGAGGUACAGAAGGACUAUGACAGAGACAACAUCUUACAAGCAGAGCUCCAAGCGACAAAAAUGGAAGUGGCUACAUUAAAGGAAGAACUAGAACAGCUAAAGGAGUCUAAACAGAUAGAAGCCUCCAGUGAGGAAAACGUCCAUAAAACAAAGCGUGACAAGAGGGAUACUGAAGAAGCAGAGAAGGAAAAGCAAGCAGAGCCAAGCCAAACUAUUGAGACAUCCACAGAGACCACCAAAAAUGUUAUCCACAACGUGGAGUCACGGUUACAAGAUGUGAAGGUAGAAGAAACCUCCAGCCUGGUGGAGACCAAUAAAUCAAAACUCGACAAGAGGGAUACUGAAGCAGCAGAGAGGGAACAACAAGCAGAGCGAAGCCAUGCUAUGGAGACAUGCACAGAGGAAACCACCCAAAAUGUUAUCCAAAACAUGGAGUCACGGUUACAAGAACUUCAAAAUGUUAUACAACAGAAGGACUUGGAAUUGCAACAGUAUCUAAACCAACAAAAUCUAGUGAGCCAGCAAACAAUGGAGAUUGAACGGCUACAGGAUGUGAUUGAGACAUUAAAGCAUAAAUUGGAAGUCGCUGAGCUAAUGAAGUCCUCCAUAAUUAAGACGGAAGGUGAAGAGCAAGUGAGAGAUAAGGAGAAGAAAGUGAGACAUCUAAUGAACGGCGAAACCACUGACACCAAUUCACAUGACACCAGUGUAGAUGUAAGGCAAGACUCGAGGCAAAUGCUAAAGGGUAAGGAUAAUAUAGACGGGCAAGAUCCUUCGCAAGGCAAAUCUAGUGGAGAUGAAACGUAUGAUAGUGGUGUAGAUGGGACACUGAGAGAGAGGACUGCACAGCACUUGGCAAACCAAGUUCUUCUCACUUCUGUACAAGAGACAAUGCAGAACACAAUAGACACAAUGGAAUCUCAGUUGCAGGAAAUGCAACAAGUUAUUAAAGAGAAGGACUUGGAAAUGUUACUGUAUUUAGAAGAGAUUAAAACACUAAAAGAACAUGUUAUAGCUGAAAGUGAUCAACAUGGUCAAAUGAUGGGGGCCCUGGAGGACACGCUCAGGGAAAAAGUGGCUGCAGCUCUCGUGAGUGACGCCCAGCUGAAAGCCAUUCAGGUGCACACUAAAAAGUUGCAGGACGAUGAUAGGCCUUUCACGCUGGAGGAAGAAGCGAGAACGUUGCAGGAUCUUGGCGGUAAACCUUCUGCGGAGGAGGAAGCCGAAUCAAAGUUAUCGUCGCUCUCUUUGAGACUGUUGGAAUUGGAGAAGCAGCUGUCCGACCUCCAUGAGCAGCUACAGGUGGAACGGCAACAGGUUCACAUAGCAAAUGAAAAGGCGGCCGAGAAGGAGCGACAACUCUGUGAACUGCAGAAAAUCUUGGAAAGCAGCUGGGGCAAUAAGGACAUAAACUGGGUUAAGAGUGAAGCGGACAAUGCUGAUGCUGCACGCUCCCAGAGAAUUGUUAUACAGUCCGAGGACAACACUGCGACCGAUUUGGAAAACGUGCUCCAGAGUGUUAAGGCAGAAGCGACGGCUACUAAAGAAGAGCUUUGCCAUUACAGAGAGGUGGCCGAGAAGCAGAGGGAGGAGCUCAUGGUCAAAGAAUCCAACUUGGCACAUCUGGAAGAAGAUCUUCUGGACGUGAGGAGAUGUCUCGCUCAUGCGGAGGAGAAGCUGGCGUCCUACAUGAAGAAGGAACUUCAAGAAGAGGAGCAACGACAAACCAUGUCGGGUGUAGACUUCACAGAUGGGGCGAGAAGCCCAGGAUGGAGCGGCAGGGAGAGGUCAACGUCCUCAUCAUCACAGACCGACGUGGUCCCGAGUGUGAACACCAGCAACCAGACAGUGCGAGUCCAUCACAAGAACAUUGGCGUUCAGAAAGAGCUGGAGAGCGCCCGCCUGGGCAACACCUCUGAGGAAGUGGCCGAAUUAAUGGAGCGCUACACGGAUAAGAUCAGCCAGAUGCAGGAGCUGCACGCGGCCGAAAUCCUGGACAUGGAGGCCAGACACAUCGGUGAGGCAGACGCCCUGCGGAGGGAGCAGUACACCGUGGUGCAGGCUCUGACCAAUGAAUGUGACGCUCUGAAAGCUGUGAUCGAGGCCUUGAAAUCUUCAGGUGGGGUUGUUCCAGAUGCGGCACUGUCUCCAUCAUAUCACCUCACAGACGCUGCCUCUAGUGAAUGUGAUUGGAGCCAGGGAACCUAUGACGCUCAGAGCCUUGACCAACUCCCAGAAGGACUGAGAGUGGAAGAUGACGUCCCCGCAGAAUUAAUUCCAAGCAAGAUCAAGGACUUGUUACGAGCCGUCCAUCAGGAGGGGAUGCAGGUGUUGUCGCUGACCGAAGCCACAAGCCCCGAGAAAGAAAAAACAUUUACUCUGAAUACACAGUCCUGGCGCGAGGAAAGGAAAACCUUAUUAGAGACCAUCGCAUCCUUAAAAGAUUUGAUUGCCAAAAUGCAGCUUUACAAAGAGCCAGAGAUUCACACAAGGGUAGACUUUCAUGAGCGGACCCCAGACUGGAGAGGAGAGCUGCUCCGAGCUAUAAAGGAAGUUUUCUGCAGAGAGCAGGACGCUCUACUGUCUGCUUACCAUACUCAGCUGUCUACACUGGGCAAUUGUGACCCCACGGCCCUGCUCAAUCAAAUGCAGCACCGACUGCAGGAACAGGGCAUUGAGCAGAUUAACUCCAUGGACUGUAUACAGAAUGCAGAAAGACGGAGUUUGUUACUUGAGAUUCAGGAUCUCCGGGCAAAGCUGACUAGUUUGCAAAUUGAUCGUCAUAUUGAUCCACUGCAUCACACUGAAGGGACUAGUCUAUAUUUGCCACAAGAUCAGUCCUCACUUCUACAAGAUCAGUCCUCACUUCUACAAGAUCAGUCCUCGCUUCUACAAGAUCAGUCCUCGCUUCCCCAAGAAAUGCACCUGCAGCUCCACAGCAUGAAAGCCAACGCCGGCGAGCUGCAGGACCAGCUGAGCUCCGAGAGGCUCCUGUCAGAAGAAAUCAAGAAUGAACUUGCACUAACCAAGAUGGAACUUGAAUCGACCGUCAAGCUGCAGCACAAGCACUUUAAAGAGCUCGAGUCUCUCAGGAUUGAACUCAAGAAGAGAAGAGAGGAGCUGGAUAGCGCGAAUGACGCCUUGGCCAAUGAACAAAAGAAGACGAGAGAGCUACAGUGGUCUCUGGAGAAAGAGAAGACCAGGGCGGAGCGAGACGAGCAGCACGAGAAAGAAGAGCUGGAGGACCUCCAAAUUCUUUUAGAAGAGCAGAAGACCAAGACCCUUGAGAUCAGCAAGCGCUUGGAAGAGGAGCAGCUCCUUGUAAAGAGUCUCCAGGAGCAGCUGGCCUCCAAGGAAAGUCUACAUGACUCCGCACUCUCCGUAGAGAGAAGCAGAGUGUCAGAACUCCAGGCUUUCCUGGAUGCCGAAAAGACUCGUUCCGGUGAGCUGGCCAACACCCUGGAGCGUAGACAAGGCUUGGCGGAUUCCAUAGAGAACACAGAUGGAUCCGGGCAGCAAGAAGGACACAACCAGACCGAGGAGCUGCUGAGGGAUCUGCAGGGUCAGUUAGAUACUAAACAUCAUCGUAUCGUAGAGUUGGUGAGCGAGGCCGAGGGGUACAAACUGGAAUGUGUCCAACUGAGGCAGAGUCUGGACGAGGAGAGGCAGAGACUGAGGAAAGAACUAGAAACUGAGAAAGAAACAGCAAGUAUCGCCAAGAAACAAGUGGAGGAGCUGAGGUCUGUGAUGGAGGAACUGCAGAAGCAGAUACAGGACAGGGUGAAGGAGAUCAGGGGGCUCCAGACAGAGGAGAAACGCUUGAAAGAGACUAUUCAGAGUCUUCAGAACAGCGGAAGAACCAAAGAAAGUGGCUCAGAGAAGGCAGAGCUUCCCGGAAGUUCUGCCACAAGUAAAGCUUCCAUAGAGCCAUCAAGAAGUGAACCCUGCCAGCCGACAGGAAGCAUCCCGAAUGUUUUGUGCCCUGAUCCUCUAAGUUUGGUGGACGGGGAUCCCGAAGCAGACGAAGCUGCGUCCAGCAUAGACACCAUUAGACGGAAGCUUCUUCAGGUCUCCUCUAAACUAACACAGCUGGCAGCCAAAACCACUCGAAGGGUGAUGUUCAAUGCUACGGAUGAUGACGACUUCGCUUGGUCACAAAACGCCAUUCAGGAGGUCAUGUCACAGCUGGAGCUAUUGACCGUGUUGUCACUCCAGGGACAGAAUUUAGUGUUACCAUCAGGCAUUUCAGCCAACACCCUCACAGAAAAGCUGCUGACGCAGAACGCUGAGCUGACCGGGUAUGUGAGCAGGUUAACCAACGAGAAGAACGACCUGCAAAAAACCUUACUGAGGCUGGAGGGCGAGAUCUCCCACCACAGGGCGAGAGAAGGGUCCGGAGACCAUUCCCCUCAGUCCACCUGGGAUCACACCACGACCCUGGACUCAUUCACAGAAGAAAGAGAGACCUGGAACAGAGAAAAACUUAACCUGCACAAGGCUCUGAAUCAGAUGGAGGCCGAACUCUCCAAAGUGAAGGCCGAGCUGAGGAACGAAAGUCUUCAGAGGGACAUCGGGCGGGACACGGACAAUGCGGCCCUGAAGAGGGUGUAUGGAAAAUACCUGCGUUCGGAGAGCUUCAGGAAAGCUCUGGUGUACCAGAAGAAGUACCUGCUGCUGUUACUGGGAGGAUUCCAGGAGUGUGAGGAGGCCACGCUAGCGCUUAUUGCCAGGAUGGGAGGCCAGCCAUCCUUCACAGAUCUGGAAGUCAUCACUAAGCACUCCAGGGCCUUCACUCGCUUCCGCUCGGCUGCUCGGGUGGCCAUAGCGAUAUCCAGGAUGAGGUUUCUGGUGAGACGCUGGCAACGAGCGAUUAGUCCUGUUGGAGGCACCGCAGACCGCAACGGGUUUGGGCUGAACAUAGGGAAUGAGGUAAGGACAGAUUCUCCAUAUCACCCAGCCGGCAGCGUUGACAUGUACGGAGACCAGAGGCUUUCAUGUCGCUCCCGAUCCGGCUUCGAUUCCCCGCAGUCCACUGUGAAUUCCCAGCACAGGUAUGCGUCUUCUGACCUGAGCUCCUGCUCCCAUCUUCAGAAUUACGACCCUGAUCGCGCGCUCACGGAUUACAUAGCGCGUCUCGAGGCCUUACAGAAGCGAUUAGGAAACGCGCCGUCAGCGUCGAACACAAACAGCACAACACACUACAGUAUAAGGAGAUAAUGUCCCUUUUUUUUUGCGAUACUUGAAUUGCUUUUUGUACCAGUGCGCUGCUUCCGUUUUUCCCCCCGUAUCGUGCAUCUCGUGGGACCAACAUCCGCCCAUAGAACAAUCGAAGGUCAGGCCGCGAGGGAUCUCCGCCGUUGUAUAUCAGUGUUUUGUUUUUUUUUGUUUUUUUUUGUAAUCAGCCAUCGAUGAUCUGUACAUUAUGUGGAUUUCUAAUUUAAAUGAUUAACUUAUACGUAUUUAUCAA